AGUUUUGUUAUUUCCAACAUUUUAUUCCGUUUUGAUAUAUCUCACUGAGAGUUUACAGUCCGUGCAAGACUUUAGGAGCGUCUAUAAUAAACCCAGUGUAACCCCCUUUAAACCUAAUAUCCCUUUUGAUCUAUCUAUGAUUGGCUUUACCAAAGGUGGGGUAAGGAGAAAAAGGUAAAGAACUAUCUAAAUUGUUGAGACUUAGUCAGAUCUCAGAAGCAAUACACCACUUGAGUGAUUUUGGUGGGGUUGCAUUUUGGUGAGUGAAGCAUCUUUUUCAAACAAUGCAGAGAGGAAAAAACCAGAGGAACCAAAAGAUUAAAGCAAAAGCAAAGAUGGGCUUCCUCUGUCACAAGUUUUGCUAACUCAUCCUUUUCGGACAAGGACACUCUUCGUUUCCCACUUUGGUGGUUUCUUUAGGAUUCAUCAGUUUUGUUUUAUUUAUCUUUUUGUAUAAGGAGACUGUUUAUGUAUGAUUCUUCAUUCCUGUUUGGCUGUUUUUAUCCAUCUUCCUUGUACAACGAGAGUGUCAUGGCUUCUCUGUCUGAAAUCGUCGAGGAAGAAGUUGGAACAUCCCUAAGAAGCAAACUUUCAAGAACAAGUGAAACCAGUCUCGCUUCUGUCGCAUCAUUAUCCAUGCCACUUAUUCAGGAGAUUGUUCUAUCAGCAGACAUCAGAUGUAGUGACUGCCAAGAGAAAGUCGCCGACAUAAUGUCAAGAAUGAUCGAAACAUAUUCAAUAUUGGUGAGUGUCUUGGAGAAGAAAGUGACACUGACGUGUACUUAUUCCGGUGACCGGAGAGUCUCCAAACCAUAUGGUGAAGCUCUACUUUGCAAAAUCUCAACCAUCAAGCGUUUGAUAUGUCCUUCCAGGAAACAACAACUCAGAGUUGCUUAAUUUUAGCUUUUAUUAUGAUACUCUUUGCAAUAAAAUGGAUCUUUGAUGUCGAAUGUGAUUGGAUUUUGUUUAGAUAAAAUAAAAUAAAAAAACUCUCAA